AUGACAGUCGAUCAUCAACUGCCCAUCCCGCCGGGCGAUCCGGUUCCGCCCCGCGAGGUGCCCUUCCCACCUCACGCACCGGUCAAAGGCUCAUACGCAAAACUGGUUCCGUUGCAUCUUGACCACACACCUUCCCUCUUCAAGCACAUCGGUGGCCAGAACAACGCUGCCCUCUGGACAUUCAUACCCCUUGAGCCUCCUCUGGCCCCUCCCUUGACGGAAGCAGACGCAGAGGCCCUCGUGCGAAAAUGGACGGCGUCCAAAGACCCCCAGUACUAUGCCGUGGAGGAUGAGAAUGGCGAGGCUCUCGGUCUUGUCUCCUACUUGAGCAUUGUGCCGACGCAUCGUCGCAUCGAGAUUGGCUGGGUCAUUCUAGGCAAGGCGCUCCAAAGAACGAGGAUCGCGACGGAGACGUUCUAUCUGCUGAUGAAGAGAGCCUUUGAGCUGGGGUAUCAGCGUGUCGAGUGGAAGGCCAAUUCACUGAAUAAACCCAGUCUGGCGGCUGCCGAGCGGUUGGGCUUUACGUAUGAGGGGCUGUUCAGGAAGCAUGUGAUUUCAAGCGGUGUCAGGAGAGAUACGUCCUGGUAUAGCAUCAUCGACGAUGAGUGGUCGGCGGCGCAGAAGGGGUUCGAAGCAUGGCUGGAUCAAGGCAACUUUGACCAAGAGGGCAAGCAAAGACGAGGUCUCAAGGAAUGUCGCGAGGCGUAA